GGUCUUGCAAAACCAAAACCACAAGACUCGCAGAAGAAGGCAGAGUUCCGUCAUGCCCAGCUCAGUACUGCUAUGUUUCCUGGUCCUCCUGGCUGGGAUAGGGGCCAGCCGAGGCCAGGGCACCCAGUCUGAGAACAGCUGCACCCACUUGCCAGCCAGCCUGCCCCACAUGCUCCGAGAGCUCCGAGCUGCUUUCAGCAGGGUGAAGACUUUCUUUCAAAUGAAGGAUCAGCUGGACAGCAUGUUGUUAAAGGAGUCCUUGCUGCAGGACUUUAAGGGUUACCUGGGUUGCCAAGCCUUGUCAGAGAUGAUCCAGUUUUACCUGGAGGAGGUGAUGCCCCAGGCUGAGAACCACGACCCAGACAUCAAGGAACAUGUGAACUCCCUGGGAGAAAAACUGAAGACCCUCAGGCUGAGGCUGCGGCGCUGUCAUCGAUUUCUUCCCUGUGAAAAUAAGAGCAAGUCAGUGGAGCAGGUGAAGAGCACCUUUAGUAAGCUCCAAGAGAAAGGUGUCUACAAAGCCAUGAGUGAGUUUGACAUCUUUAUCAACUACAUAGAAGACUACAUGACAAUGAAGAUGAAAAACUGAACAUCCAGGAUGGCAACUCUGUAGACUCUAGGACAUCAAUUGGGGAUCUCCAAAAUCUGACCCAGGGUUCUGGGAUAGCUGACCCAGC